UAUUAGUAAACAACCAUGCAUAACCAAGCGCCGCUCCACAUGAUGUGAACAAUGACCAUAUAUACCAGUACCACCCACUAGUGAUCGAGCCGAUUCAUCCUCAGUACUAGCUAUACUUCUAUCCAGCAAGCUCCCAGGGAGCGUGCUCAAUUGAUCCGCUGUGAUGGAGCUGGCGGCCAUAGUUGUCCCUCCCCUCCUUACCGCGGCAAUGAACACGCUCCUGCCGAAGAUGCUCGUGUUGGUAGAGAAAAGGUCAAGGCUCAGCCAUGACGUUCAGCGGGACAUCUAUUCCUUGAUGAGAGAGCUAGAUAUCAUGUGGGGCACAGUGAGAGACUACAGCAAAUCAGCACAAAGAAAAGAUAGCAAGGACUUGAAGGAAGCAUGGAUCAAGCAAGUGUCUGAGCUGGCUAACAAGAUUGAGGACUGUGUGGACAACUACAUCUAUGAUCAGACUGCCCACAGGAACGAGGUGCCUAACCUUGAUCAUUUUUCUAAACAGAUCAAGGAACUCAAGAAGGAAUCAGAUGAACUAUCCAUCAACAGGGGAAAAUACAAGGACGACGACGCUGGCUAUCCUAACCAGGAAAUACCGGCCAGUUCAGGGACGUCAAGUCCAUCAAGAUGUUGCCCACCUGUCCUUCUUGAUCUCGUGGGCACGGGGAGUCCCCUAAGGGAGCUCCUCGACCUGGUGGAGGAGGAGCAAGCCGAGGGCCAAUCAAAGAAGCUCAAGGUGAUCUCCAUCCAUGGGCUUGACGGCCUAGGCAAGACUGCCAUAGCAGCCCAAGUUUACGGUCACAAAGAUGUCCUUAAGCAGUUUGGUAACAAUCGCGCUUGGGUUGACGCGGCAGGUAAAGAUGCCAGACAGGUUCUCCAAGAGAUACUCCAGCAUUGUCCCUUCCCUCAGCUGCUUCAAGCGCAACCAAGGGACACAUUCAAUGCUGAGCAGCUCUGCGAACACCUGAGAGCACACUUGCAGAACAAGAGGUACUUUAUUGUGAUUGAUGACAUGAGGAAAUUUCUGUGGAGUACUAUAAAGCGAGCAUUCCCCGAAAAUGAUGGUUACAGCAGCAGAGUUGUGGUGACCACCAGCUUUCAUCAAAUCGCUAAGGACUGCUGUUCCACAACAAGGGAUUAUGUGUACAUAAUGCAAGGACUCAAUGCCAAUUUCUCACAAGAAUUGUUCUUUAAAAGUGCCAAUAUUGAGGAACCAUCACACGACUUGAAGAAAGGCUCAGAAGAACUUCGCACGAAAUGUAGCGGUCUACCGCUUGCUCUUGUCAGUGUAGCUGAAUUUUUGAAGGCGAGAAAAGAUGGGCUGACGCUGACUGGACGCACCUGUAAUGAUGUGUGCCGUCGUCUGGGUUACCAUCUGGAGAGAGCGAGUAGUGAUCACACUGCCUUAGAACGAAUGCAAGAGGUGCUCAUCCGGAGCUACAACUGCCUACCUGGGAACACUGCCAAGGCCAGCCUGGUGUGCGUCGGCAUGUUUCCCAGUGGUCACCCGAUCAAGAGGACAAGGUUGAUAAGGCGAUGGAUGGCCGAAGGGCUUUUCGAAAAAACCCCGAACCCUCAGGACAAAGAAAUUGAUAAGGCAGCUGAGAAUUUCAAGACGCUUAUAGACUGGAAUGUAGUUCAGCCAAAUCCCGUGAGCAACAGUGACGAGGUGAGGUCAUGCCAACCACCCGGGAUGAUGCUCGAGUUCAUAAGGCACAGAUUUAUGUCCGGCACCACCUUAUUCUAUGAGAAGAAGCUCCCGGGGGUGCCCCAAGGUGCCCGUCGCCUCUCCCUGCAUCACUGCACUGCUGAAAAUGUUCAGCAGCAGGCAUAUAAUUUAUCCCUUGUCCGGUCUCUCACUAUCUUUGGUAAGGUAUGCAAAGGUAUUAUGAAUUUUGACAAAUACCGCCUACUGAGAGUAUUGGAUCUUGAAGAAUGCAACAAUGACUUAACGAAUGAUCAUCUUAAAGGCAUAUGCAAGCUGUUUCUGCUCAACUAUCUCAGCCUUGGCCGCACUGUGACCCAGCUCCCGAGGGACAUGAAAAGACUGGAGUAUUUGGAGACACUUGAUGUCAGGAGAGCCAAUUUAGAGGUGUCGAUUCCAUUUGAAGUGAUAAUGCUUCCCAGAUUGACCUAUCUCUUUGGAAAAUUUAAACUUUUGGACAACGUGUCAAAAAAGAUCCCGGAUUUUUUCAAGGAGGGAAAAAGUAAACUGGAGAUUCUAGCAGGAUUUGUCAUCGCCGACAGGAACGACAGCUUCCUGCAACUAAUAGCUCACAUGAACAACUUGAGGAAGGUCAAGAUUUGGUGCAAGUCAUCUGCAGAUAGCAGUAAUUUAGCUAAUCUUUCAUCUGCCGUCCAGAGGUACAUCGAGGAUAAGGAUAACAAUUAUACAAAUAGUGACCGUUCCCUAUCGCUUGACUCCGAUGUAAGCUUUCCUCAAUUCAAUCCAGAAGGAGACUUACAAAUCAGCUCGUUGAAACUCCGUGGUGAUCUAUUUGAAGUGCCUCAUUUUGUUGCGUCACUAUUCAAUCUCGGAGAACUGUGCCUCUCAUCAACAACUACUCUCAGAGGGAGCCUUCUGACAGUCCUGACCGAACUGACUUGUCUGGUGUAUCUCAAACUUGUGGCAACAGAAGUUGUCGAUUUUGUCAUAACUGACGAGACAAAGUUUCCAAGCUUGAACCGGCUAUGCUUUGAGGUCCAACGCUCACCAUUCCUGAAAAUCGAAGGGAAUCCCUUGCCACAGCUUGCUUCAUUCCAGCUGCUCUGCGAUGAUGCGGAAAACCUUCCUCUAAUCAAUAUUGAAUCCAUUGGACGUCUUAGGGAAGUCACGCUUUAUUGUAUAGAGAAUAAGGAUUCGCGAAAGACAUGGGAGGAUGCAGCGAAAAGGCAUCCUAACAGGCCGAGAGUUUUCUUCGUUGUAAAGGAGAGCGGUCUUACAGAAGCUUCGGUUGCGACAGACCAUCCAUCUCCUCAAAAGAAAAAAUGGUGGAAAGUUCUGACAACAAUGUUCAGACCGAACAAGUUUAAGGAAAGAACAAGACCCUCUGCCAUUGGGGGCACGAAUAAUGGACGUCCAGGCAGCAUGCCCCUUACAGAGGAAGCAACUGGAGAACAAGCUGAAACAUCUGGAUCUACCGCAGGUCCUAAUGUAACCUGCCCAGCUGGAGAACAAGCUGAAACAUCUGGAUCUACCGCAGGUCCUAAUGUUACCUGCCCAUCUGGAGUACAUGCUGAAACAUCUGGAUCUACCGCUUGCGACUCCAUAUCUGGCAGGUAGUCAUUUGAAGUGUUAAAUUGGGUGUGCGAAGUCACAAUAAUGAUACUCACUUUACCAAUGAAUGAUCAGCUUUUGUUGUUAUAUAUAUUCCCAAAAGUGCUCCCACCUUCCGGAGCUACCUUAAACUUUUAGUCAUCGAUUUCAGCCCGAUCGACAAUCCUCAUUUGUUGCAACCAUUGUAAAAUUCCACUAUUUGUAUGUUGUAUGUAUUGCUUCUUGUGUCCCGCUUGUUGAACUACCUCAUAUUCUUUUGCAAUCUGAAAUACUUCAUGUACAGCAAGAACAUGUAUUGCUUGUCCCAUUAAGUACUGUGCAGUGUCUAUCGUGGGCUUACUAGUGAAAUUUUUAUA